AUGCCGACCACCACCCCACCAAUAGGAACAGUAGGUCAGAUCAUUGGGAACUCUGGGAUCGCUGGGAUCUCUGGGAUCAUUGGGAACUCUGGGAUCGCUGGGAUCUCUGGGAUCAUUGGGAACUCUGGGAUCGCUGGGAUCUCUGGGAUCAUUGGGAACUCUGGGAUCGCUGGGAUCUCUGGGAUCAUUGGGAACUCUGGGAUCACUGGGAACCCUGGAAACUCUGGCAUAAAUGGGAACUCUGGGAUCUCUGGGAUCACUGGGAACCCUGGGAACUUUGGGAUCUCUGGGAACUCUGGCAUCUCUCGGAUCAUUGGGAACUCUGGGAUCACUGGGAACCCUGUGAAAUUUGGCAUCUGUUGGAUCAUUGGGAACUCUGGGAUCACUGGGAACCCUGGAAACUCUGGGAUCAAUGGGAACUCUGGGAUUACUGGGAACCCUGAGAUCUCUGGGAUCUCUGGGAACUCUGGCAUCUGUUGGAUCAUUGGGAACUCUGGGAUCGCUGGGAACCCUGGAAACUCUGGGAUCAAUGGGAACUCUGGGAUCACUGGGAACCCUGAGAACUCUGGGAUCUCUGGGAUCAUUGGGAACUCUGGGAUCGCUGGGAACCCUGGGAACUCUGGCAUCUGUUGGAUCAUUGGGAACUCUGGGAUCGCUGGGAACUCUGGCAUCUCUGGGAUCAUUGGGAACUCUGGGAUCGCUGGGAACCCUGGCAUCUGUUGGAUCAUUGGGAACUCUGGGAUCGCUGGGAACCCUGGAAACUCUGGGAUCAAUGGGAACUCUGGGAUCACUGGGAACCCUGGAAACUCUGGGAUCAAUGGGAACUCUGGGAUCGCUGGGAACCCUGGAAACUCUGGGAUCAAUGGGAACUCUGGGAUCACUGGGAACCCUGAGAACUCUGGGAUCUCUGGGAACUCUGGCAUCUGUUGGAUCAUUGGGAACUCUGGGAUCGCUGGUAACCCUGGAAACUCUGGGAUCAAUGGGAACUCUGGGAUCACUGGGAACCCUGAGAACUCUGGGAUCUCUGGCAUCUCUGGGAUCAUUGGGAACUCUGGGAUCGCUCGGAACCCUGGGAACUCUGGCAUCUGUUGGAUCAUUGGGAACUCUGGGAUCGCUGGUAACCCUGGAAACUCUGGGAUCAAUGGGAACUCUGGGAUCACUGGGAACCCUGAGAACUCUGGGAUCUCUGGGAACUCUGGCAUCUGUUGGAUCAUUGGGAACUCUGGGAUCGCUGGUAACCCUGGAAACUCUGGGAUCAAUGGGAACUCUGGGAUCACUGGGAACCCUGAGAACUCUGGGAUCUCUGGGAUCAUUGGGAACUCUGGGAUCGCUCGGAACCCUGGGAACUCUGGCAUCUGUUGGAUCAUUGGGAACUCUGGGAUCGCUGGGAACUCUGGCAUCUCUGGGAUCAUUGGGAACUCUGGGAUCGCUGGGAACCCUGGGAACUCUGGCAUCUGUUGGAUCAUUGGGAACUCUGGGAUUGCUGGGAUCUCUGGGAACUCUGGCAUCUGUUGGAUCAUUGGGAACUCUGGGAUCGCUGGUAACCCUGGAAACUCUGGGAUCAAUGGGAACUCUGGGAUCACUGGGAACCCUGAGAACUCUGGGAUCUCUGGCAUCUCUGGGAUCAUUGGGAACUCUGGGAUCGCUCGGAACCCUGGGAACUCUGGCAUCUGUUGGAUCAUUGGGAACUCUGGGAUCGCUGGGAACUCUGGCAUCUCUGGGAUCAUUGGGAACUCUGGGAUCGCUGGGAACCCUGGGAACUCUGGCAUCUGUUGGAUCAUUGGGAACUCUGGGAUUGCUGGGAUCUCUGGGAUCACAGGGAACUCUGGGAUCUCUGGGAACUCUGGCAUCUCUGGGAUCACAGGGAACUUUGGGAUCGCCAGGAACUCUGGGAUCACAGGGAACUCUGGGAUUUCUGGGAACUCUGGGAUCACUGGGAACUCUGGGAUGCUAAUCAGCCUCCCUGUGGAUGGACGUUGCCUGAUUGUUCAAAGAUCUGAGUUUCAGUCCUACGACGAACACCAUGACCUGCACGUCUGCAGUGUUUGGGUCAUUGCUCUAACGUUCAGGCAGAUUGAUGGUCUGUCUGUCUCCUGGCCGUUCCCGCCUGCUGCAUCACCGGCGGCCAUCGUCCGCCUCCUCCUGCCUCUUCAGCACCAAUGA